AGGAAUUACAGGCACUGCCUCUCUCUCUCUCCAGCACUUCACCAGGAGAAGCAAUAGGAUGGUGUGUGUGUUUGCUGAGGAGACAUGACAACGUUGUGACAUUGUGUUUGCUGAGGAGACAUGACAACGUUGUGACAUUGUGUUUGCUGAGGAGACAUGAGAAGGUUGUGUCAUUGCACGGGAGGAGUCUCAAUGUGGACAAGCCUCAGCCAGGCUCCCAGCCCCCGAGCUCUCAAUUGGGACAUUGUAUCCAGGAGUCGGCCCUGAUUCCUCCCCGUCACCCCCGUGUGUUUAUGUGGUUGGAAGGGGCCGGCUGGGCCAGGAGCUGACACUCAGGCAGGUGUUUAUGGAGAAGAGCGGAUGCAGUCCUUUCCCAAUGUGCUGGGCUAAAGAAUAUGACCGACACCUAGCAUCCAGUAAGGCUAUGGCUGCAGCUUACCUGGACCCAAACCUAAACCACACUGUGAGCACAAACGGCAAGUCCCGGCUAAGCACAGGCAUGGAGCGAUCUCCUGGAGCUAUCGAAAGAGUCUUAAGAGUCUUCCACUACUUUGAAAGCAACAAUGAACCAACAACAUGGUCCAGCAAUAUCAGACACGGGGAUGCGACAGACGUCAGGGGUAUCAUACAGAAGAUUGUAGACAGUCAUAAAGUGAAGAAUGUGGUUUCCUAUGGGAUACGGCUCAGUCACUUGCACUCAGAGGAGGUUCACUGGUUGCACCCGGACAUGGGGGUGUCACACGUUAGAGAGAAAUAUGAACAGUCUCAUCCGCCAGAAGAAUGGAAGUACGAGCUCAGAAUUCGAUAUUUGCCUAAAGGAUUUCUAAACCAGUUCACAGAAGACAAACCCACACUGAAUUUCUUUUAUCAGCAGGUAAAAAACGAUUAUAUGUCAGAAAUAGCCGACCAAGUGGACCAAGAGAUUGCUCUGAAAUUGGGCUGUUUGGAAAUCAGGAGAUCCUAUGGGGAGAUGAGAGGCAAUGCCCUGGAAAAGAAAUCCAACUAUGAAGUUUUAGAGAAAGACGUCGGCCUGAAGAGAUUUUUUCCAAAGAGUUUACUGGAUUCCGUAAAGGCAAAAUCCCUUAGAAAGUUGAUUCAACAGACAUUUCGACAGUUCGCCAAUUUGAACAGAGAAGAAAGUAUUUUGAAAUUCUUUGAAAUCCUCUCUCCGGUGUACAGAUAUGACAAGGAAUGCUUCAAGUGCGCCCUCGGAGUAAGUAUAUCCAGUUGGAUUAUAUCAGUGGAGUUGGCUAUUGGCCCAGAAGAAGGGAUCAGUUAUCUCACAGACAAGGGCUCGAAUCCCACCCAUCUGGCAGACUUUACUCAGGUCCAAACAAUUCAGUAUUCCAGCAGCGAAGACAAAGACAGAAAGGGGAUGUUGCAGCUGAAAAUUGCUGGUGCCCCAGAGCCUCUGACUGUUACAGCCCCGUCCCUCACCAUCGCUGAAAACAUGGCGGAUUUGAUAGAUGGAUACUGUCGCCUCGUCAGUGGAGCCUCAGAAUCUUUUAUCAUCAGGCCACAGAAAGAAGGCGAGAGAGCUCUACCAUCUUUACCAAAGCUGGCCAACAACGAGAAGCAUGGGGUACGGCCGCACGCAGUCUCCGUGUCAGAUGAAUUUAGUGGGGACGAGACAGACGACUAUGCGGAGAUUAUAGAUGAAGAGGACACAUACACGAUGCCUUCCACAGUUAUGUCUUACUUUAUGGCAGGAUUUCUAGAAAGUUAUGGAUUAGACGAAGCUGGCGAUUACGAGAUCCAGAGAGAUUGCAUUGAGCUUGGCCGCUGCAUCGGGGAAGGGCAGUUUGGAGAUGUUCACCAAGGGGUUUACAUGAGUCUGGAGAAUCCAGCCAUGGCCGUCGCAAUCAAAACCUGUAAGAAUUGCACAUCAGACAGUGUGAGAGAAAAGUUCUUACAAGAGGCCUUAACUAUGCGCCAGUUUGAACACCCGCACAUUGUCAAGUUAAUUGGAGUCAUUACAGAGAACCCAGUCUGGAUUAUCAUGGAGCUGUGCACCCUGGGAGAGCUGAGAUCAUUUUUACAAGUCAGAAAAUACAGCCUGGAUCUGGCAUCCUUGAUCCUCUACUCUUACCAGCUCAGCACUGCACUCGCCUACUUGGAAAGUAAAAGAUUUGUACAUAGGGAUAUUGCUGCUAGAAAUGUACUGGUCUCAUCCUCAGACUGUGUCAAAUUAGGAGACUUUGGCCUCUCCAGAUAUAUGGAGGACAGUACUUAUUAUAAAGCUUCCAAAGGGAAAUUGCCCAUUAAAUGGAUGGCACCGGAGUCCAUUAACUUUAGACGUUUUACCUCUGCCAGUGACGUGUGGAUGUUUGGUGUGUGCAUGUGGGAAAUAUUAAUGUAUGGAGUUAAGCCUUUUCAAGGGGUAAAGAACAACGAUGUGAUUGGUCGAAUUGAGAAUGGAGAACGCUUGCCGAUGCCCCCCAACUGCCCGCCCACUCUGUACAGCCUUAUGACUAAGUGUUGGGCGUAUGAUCCAAGCAGGAGGCCGCGGUUUACUGAACUCAAAGCACAACUCAGUACUGUACUGGAAGAGGAGAAGUUGCAGCAGGAGGAGCGGAUGAGGAUGGAAUCCCGCCGGCAGGUGACGGUGUCCUGGGAUUCAGGAUCGGAGGAGGCCCCCCCAAAGCCCAGCAGACCCGGUUACCCCAGCCCAAGGUCCAGCGAGGGAUUUUUCCCCAGUCCUCAACACAUGGUGCAGCCCAAUCACUACCAGGUUUCUGGUUUUUCCGUUUCCCAUGGGAUUCCUUCCAUGUCAGGAAACAUGUAUCCAGGUCAGGCAUCCGUUCUAGAUCACAUGGAUUCCUGGAACCACCGGACACCUGAUAUAAACAUGUGGCAGCCCAGUAUGGAGGAUUCUGGGCCCAUGGACAUGAGGAGUUUGGCCCAGGUUCUUCCGACUCAUUUCAUGGAGGAAAGGCUAAUACGGCAGCAGCAAGAGAUGGAAGAAGAUCAGCGCUGGCUGGAAAAGGAGGAGAGAUUUUUGAAGCCAGACGUGCGGCUCUCCCGGGGCUCCGUAGACCAUGUGGAUGGAAACAUUCAGUGCCCGGCUGGUAACCAGCACAUCUACCAACCCAUUGGAAAGCCAGAUCAUGUGGCUCCACCAAAGAAACCACCACGACCCGGGGCCCCCAGUCACCUGGGCAACCUGCCUGCACACAACAGUCCAUUGGACAGCUACAAUGAAGGUGUAAAGCCAUGGCGGAUUCAACCCCAGGAAAUCAGCCCCCCGCCAACUGCCAACCUGGACCGAACCAAUGACAAAGUCUACGAAAAUGUGACGGGUCUUGUUAAAGCUGUGAUAGAAAUGUCUAGUAGGAUCCAGCCGGCUGCCCCCGAGGAAUAUGUUCCCAUGGUCAAGGGGGUGGGGCUGGCGCUGCGGACGUUAUUGGCGACUGUAGAUGAAACCAUUCCUGUUCUUCCCGCCAGUUCACACAGAGAGAUUGAGAUGGCGCAGAAGCUGCUGAAUUCAGACCUGGCCGAGCUGAUCAAUAAGAUGAAGUUGGCGCAGCAGUACGUCAUGACCAGUUUGCAGCAGGAAUACAAGAAGCACAUGCUGACGGCCGCACACGCUUUAGCUGUCGACGCCAAGAACUUGCUGGAUGUUAUAGACCAGUCCCGACUGAGACUCAUCAGCCACUCGCAUUAAACCCCUGUCCUGUUUGUGUCAACUCAAGUUUCCCUUUGGGAUUACAUCAAGCCUUCCACCAGCAAUCCUCUGCUUCCCCAGCGGGGCCCGGGGCCACUAUUGCAGUUGUGCCUAUGGGACUGACUUAGUGACAACUCCAUAGCAACGGAGAGAAUGAGCCCGCCCAGUAGCAUGGGACGGCAAAUCCAACAUGGCGGACAGAGGCUGCUCAUAGUGCGGUGGACGGGAACGGGAUUUCCCGUAAAAACCAGGAGCAGCAACGUGUGGCUAAUACUCGGCAGCUGUGGCAACUGGAACCUUUCGUUCUCUUCAUGUCACUCACCGGAUUUACCCACAAUACACCGGGCUCUCGUCUCCCGCCACAGACGCUGAUCAGUGAUUCGUUAACUUUUACCUUCUUCUUUCACUUCCGUGCGGAUGGACAGACGCAUUUCAUUGGAGCAACCGCAAAUUUUUUGUUUUUAUUUUUCACCCAAAUAAAAUGUUUUUUUUCUUUUAUUUUUGUAAAUGUGCUACUGGCGCUGAAUCGCUGCUUAAAGUCUCUGCACAGACAUUUCCAAAGCCAUUAAUUGUUUUUAAUUAAUUUAUAAAGAAGUCUCACGCUCAUGACUAACAUUUUUACUCACGUCCCUCAUUGGCCAACGCUACGACCAGGAACUUCCACUUCCUCUUCCUGUUUUUUAUCUGCAUUAUUAUUAUUAUUAUCAUCCAAAUAAAUUAUCAGAUCGUUUUGUUUAACAUGAACCUCCUGUUGGUUUGCCAGGGGGCUAUAAAUUAUUCUCAGGAAGAAUAGAAUGGACUUGUACAUAAACUUUACCUAUUAAACAGGUGUGUGACCUGCAA